GCAUCACGUUUAACUUAAAACCGGAACAAACAAAAGGAACCAAAGCAAAGCUCAGCAGCUGUUUACCUGUUCGUGUUCCAGUUGUUAUGAAGUAAAAAAUACGCAGGAUUAUUUAAGAGAUACUGAGGAGAAACGGAGAUGGAGAUGAGAGCACAUUAGCCGAACAUCAAGAUUUUAGUUUAUAUUUUUUAUUUUUAAAAUUUUAUUUAAAUUUUUUUUUUUUUAAGUUAUUUAAUUUAUUUAGUUAACCUUUUAGCAUCUUUUUAUUUAAAACAUUUUUUUUUUUUUGCAUUAUAAUGAAUUCUGCUUUUUCGAGCCGGAGGACCAGCAGCAGCAGCGGGUCGACCUGGCUGCUGUAUCCGCUCCUCGGUGCGUGUUUCUGGGCUGCAGUGGUCGGGUACAAGCCGGUGAUCAUAGUGCACGGUCUGUUCGACAGCUCAGGGGAUUUUAUACAUUUACAGCGGUUCAUCAACGAGUCUCAUCCAGGAACAAAUGUUACGGUCAUCGACUUGUUUGACAGAAGUGCCAGCCUGCAGCCCCUGUGGAAGCAGGUGGAGGGAUUCAAGACAGCCAUUUACCCAAUAAUGCAAAACGCAGAAGACGGGGUCCACUUCAUCUGCUACUCUCAAGGUGGGCUGGUUUGCAGAGGAAUCCUCUCCACUCUCUCCGACCACAACGUCCAGACUUUCAUCUCUCUGUCCUCGCCUCAGGGCGGGCAAUAUGGAGACACGGACUACUUGAGGUACCUCUUCCCAGAGUUUGUGAAGUCCAACCUCUUCCACUUCUGUUACACCUCAUUAGGUCAGAGGAUCUCCAUCUGCAACUACUGGAACGACCCCCACCACAGAGACAUGUACGUGAACAGCAGUGAUUAUUUGGCUCUGCUCAACAGCGAGAGACCCAAUCCAAAUGCAACAGAGUGGAAGAAGAACUUCCUCAAAAUCGACAAGCUGGUGUUGGUCGGAGGACCGGACGACGGAGUCAUCACUCCCUGGCAGUCGAGUCAGUUCGGGUUUUUUGACGACAACGAGACCGUCGUUGAGAUGCAGCACCAAGACGUGUAUUUAAGAGAUGUUUUCGGUCUGAAGACUCUGGCGGGUCGAGGAGAUCUGAUCAUCUGUUCCGUUCCCGGAGUCGAACACGUGUAUUGGCACUCGAAUGAGACGGUGUUCGACACGUGCAUGGAGAAAUGGCUGGUGUAGAACAAAAUUAUUUUGCAGCACACACACACACAUACACACACACACACACACACAGAUACACACCCUGCCAUUUCAUAAGCUCUAAACUUCAACUAUGUUUGAAAUCUUGCCUCAAUAACCACUUUAAAGUAUUCUCGCUAACAUCUGUGAGUGUACUCUUAAGGAUGUAAUCUAAAUUUUUGGGGAUUACAGUUCUUAGAAAUCACUUGGUAUUUGUUUUUCCUUGUACUUUUUGUUGAUACAUUUAGUUUGUCAUGCUCAUCCUAGUAACUACUAGGUUACUGUGAAAGGAAUAGUUUAACAUUUUGGGAUAUUUAUUUGCCUUCUUGCAGAGAGUUAGAUGAGAAGAUUGAUACCACUCUCAUGUCUGUAUGCUGAAUAUGAAGCUACAGCCAACAGAUGAUUAGCUUAGCUUAGCAUAAAGACUGGAAACAAAGGGAAACAGCUAGCCUGGUUCUGUCAGAAGGCUCGCUGACAAGCAUGUUAUAUGUUGUUUGUUUAAACUGUACAAAAACGGAUGUGUAAAAGGAGGUUAUGUGACGGACAAUUUCUUGGCAGUUAACGCAGUUCCGUAGUCUUGUCGCGACGGUGAGGUUGCUAGGCAACCAGCAGCGAGACUCCACGAAGGUAUUGGUCCCGGACAAGAAAUAAAAUAUCAUUAAACUACACAAACAGAUUAAAACAAACAGGAUAUAAUGUGUUAAUUAGUGCGCUUUAAAGGUGCUAAUAGGCGGAAUAAGUGAAUAAGUUUAAGUUUUUUUUAGCAAAACUGCUCCUUUAAUUAUUUCUGUUAAAUCGUGCUGUUGCUGUCAGACAAAUCCAGCACAUAUCUGUCUGUGUGCCGAAGGUAUUUUCUCAGAAAAUAAGUAUACAAGACCAAAAAAACUGUCAGAAGCAACAAAUAUAAAGGCUCCCAUAAACUUUCGGACAGUUUAACUGCUAUUAUGUUAUAACCGUCUGCAACAGUAAAGCAAAUCAGACAUUAAAGGCACACUCCAGAAAUUUAGUAUUGCAUAUCAGUGAAGCAUAGGGACGUUUAAGAGACAGAUUAAAGGGUCAAAAAUGAAUGUAGCAGAGGCUGAAGACGGAAGACAUUUUACUGUUUUUUUUCAGGCUGAGAAAGUCCCUCAUGACCGCUCUUUAUGUGCAAAAAUAGUGCCCCUUAAAUUUGCAUGAAAACGAGCCAACAUACAUACAGUAUAUAUAUCCAAGUGUGUGUCUGUGUGUGUUUAGUCACACAUACCUCAAAACACUACACAACACAACAGUGCCUGAGCGACAUUCUGCCAUCCUGUCUACAUGUAGAGACUCACUGCCCUGCUCAUCUUGUGAUGCAGUAAUUUAUAUCUUUUUAGUCUUCCAUUUUUACCCGAGGUGGGUCAUGUUUUCCUUGUUUCUUUUAGUGUUGCACAUCAUGAAUAUCUUGUUUAAUAUCAUUAUCAUGCAGUGCUUUAGUAGAUUAAGCCUUAAAAGUUUCCCCUCAUUGCCUCAGUGUUUCAUGUCCCAUACCGAGGUGCUACGACGCACCGCCUUUAGUGAUGGUGCUAAUAAUGACAUGGAGGGGUGGAUGUAGAGUGGCCGGAGAGUGGCAGUGCUAUAUUAGUGUUUACUUGUCCACCCGACUAUUGUACGUGGCGCUCUUUACCUCCCAUCGCAUUUAGAUAUCUCAGGCGUUUUGAGCAACCGUCAUGUUUGUCUGUUUUGUCGGAAAAGGGAUCGGUUUCUCUUAACUGUUUGCAUUUUGUUAGAUGUUUAUGUACUUUGAUAGAUGUUUCUCAAAAGAACAAAAAGGAAUGGGAAUAUCUAUUGUGUGAUAAAACCAGAAGAAGUGAAUUUUAAUGAGCAAAGUAUGCAUUGCACAAUGUUUAACCAGAUAAAAAGAGAAGGGAAAUUAUGAAGAUGGGAUGAUUUUAACAGUUUUAAAGUUGUUAGAUUUUAAGUAUUAUUUUGAUAUUGUUGCAUCCUGUGUUUCAUGUAUGCUUGUACAAGUUAAUUAACCUAACUGCAUAACCUACUCUAUGGAUUUAAGGGAUGUUCCUCUCUCUGUUCAGUUUUCUUGCUUUAAAAACAGUCAGUGUGAUUACAGACAAUUUUUUAAAAUAUCAAACAGAAACUACUAUUUUGACUCUGUCCUACAAUUUCUACAGUAUUUGGUCCGCAAAUGAAAAUGUGUCAAAUGUUGUCAAUUCCUCAAUAAAAGACAGUUUUGAACAUCA